AUGUCCGAGAGCUAUCCAUCUCCCGUGUCCGAUAAGGUUGUGGCAAGCUCCACAGCGCCUGCCUUGGCCGAGCCGUCACCGGAUGCCGAUAGACAUGUCAAGACCCGCGGGCCCAUCCCAAUCGAUGCGCAGCAGCCAAGUAAUCGGAGGAGGAGGACUCAUAGUCCAGAAGCAUGGGAGUCUGUGAAAGCCGACAUUGCGCGGCUAUACUUGGAGGAGAACCGACGUCUGAAGGUUAGAAAUUUGUUAAGCUCAAUCCAAGAUGCCGAGUGGCCCAGCUAUGCCCUGCCCAAGAUGUAUAAGACGAAGCUCACACAAUGGAAGUUCUUCAAGAACAACCGUCAGGCCGACGUGGCCAAUAUGCUGUACCUGCAACAACAUCGGCUAGCCAUGGGUAAAGAGAGUACAUUUCGUCGCAACGGCAGGGCCAUCGACGUAGCCGCCUACAUGAGGAGGAAAGGCCUUCGAUCGGCUGAUCUUCUCGAAAUGGUGCAACCAGGUGACCUGCCACCGACGCUACGGUGUCGAACUCCUCCACCGCUGCCACCACUGCCCAAGAAGAUCAACGCGCCUGAUGAGUUUGUCUUGCAGGAGGCCUAUCUACAUUGGACCGUGGAGCACCCGCUCAUGCCGCCACAAAUGGACGCCAACUACUUCAAAGGGAUAGACAAUUAUCAGGCAAGCGAGGCCAUGCGUUCUGUCCUGCUACUCACCCACGGCUGUUGGCUUCUCUCGAUAGGGAAAAUGAACGAUGGAGGAGCUUUCUGCCGCCGGUCAUUUUCGACAAUUGAUAAUAUACUAGACCAGUCGGCACACUUUGCCUUAUACGAGCUAUUGAGUUCCAUGAGCCGAUAUCCAGAUCUAGGGAUUCAACGCUUACUCUGGAGCUAUCUGGGGAAGUAUGCGGCUAAAAUCGGUGGCGUGAACGAAAGGCUGCGACGGGUGUUAGGAGCCUUUGCCAACUUGGCGCGGGAUUUUAGUCUGGAGCACAACGUUGCGAUGAUGCAAUGGGGGCGCCGCUUUUCAUCGAAUCAGAGCAACGGCACAUUCGACGGUAAACCCUUCGAUUACACCCUCAUAGAGCCUUGGGACAUCCUGUCUAUGAAUAGUUCCUAUUACCAUCGUUAUUACUUGAACCAAGGAACAUGGGAGGCUGAUAAGAUACCAACGGCGACGAUCUACAGUCCAGAUGGGGCGGGUGAUUCGUGGUCUCUCCGCGCAGAUUUGCUGCUCAUGCUGGGGAAUCAGACUGCGUGGAGAGAUGAGAGGAUCUCGGCUAUAGCGGAACAGAUGCUGAGUGAAAUCCCGUCAGAUGAUCCGCCGCAAUACCUACAGUUCGUCUGCCUUUAUGCUCUAGCUCAAACCUAUCACGCUCGUUGUUGGGACAAGAAGGCUCGUCACAGUCCUGAUCAUGAGCGUGCAAGAGAAUGCUUACAAAAAGCCGUUGAAGGUACAUUUAUCCUGAAAUAG